CUUGGGGGGGUGGGGCUGAGCCUGCCUCAGUCGCUACGGCCGUAUGGCUGCGUUAAAGGGGCCGUAGCGCCGUUUGCCGCUGCUGCCGCCCCGGACCCCCCGCUGCAGGCCGGUGCCGGCUCCCCGGCGGCGCCAUGGCCUAUCAGGGCUUCGCGCAGGAGUACCUGGGGAUCCCGGCCGUGACGCGGGCCUACACCACCGCCUGCGUCCUCACCACCGCCGCCGUGCAAUUAGAAUUCAUCACCCCUUUCCAGCUGUAUUUCAACCCAGAUCUGAUUUUCAGAAAGUUCCAGAUUUGGAGGCUGAUCACCAACUUCCUCUUUUUUGGGCCCUUGGGAUUCAGUUUCUUUUUCAACAUGAUAUUUUUGUACAGAUAUUGCCGAAUGCUAGAGGAAGGCUCCUUUCGGGGACGGACUGCAGACUUUGUCUUCAUGUUUCUCUUCGGGGGAUUUCUCAUGACACUCUUCGGCCUCUUUGCAAGCCUCUUCUUCCUGGGCCAGGCUUUCACCAUCAUGCUGGUGUACGUGUGGAGCCGCAGGAACCCUUACAUCCGCAUGAACUUCUUCGGGCUUCUUAACUUCCAGGCCCCCUUCCUGCCCUGGGUUCUGAUGGGAUUCUCUCUGCUGCUGGGCAAUUCCAUCAUCAUUGAUUUGUUGGGAAUUGCAGUGGGUCAUAUUUAUUACUUCCUUGAAGAUGUUUUUCCCAACCAGCCUGGAGGGAAGAAGUUGCUGCUCACUCCAGACUUCCUGACAUAAUUCAACUGCUGAUCACCAUGGAAAUGGGUUGUCUGCAGCAAAGCUGUUGAUCGAGAAUGGCAAACCUUUAGCUAACCCUCCAAUAAAAAAUUAAUCCAAGGCCUCCUGGGAGGAUGCCUCACUUGAAUCUACUUCUGGUAUGUCUGUCUGUCUCCAUUUUAGCCAUUCACCAAGAACACAUAUCUCAGCCCAGCCUGCGAGCGUUGCUGUGUGUUCCAGGGCCACCUGCUAGAUCUUAGCUGUGUAUUCAACUAGAUGUUUAAACUGCUCUUGUUUUUCUGGCACACUUACCCCUUUGGGGCUGGUUAGAUGAAGUUUCCUAAAAUACAUUUGUGCUACCAAAUGAGAGGAGAAUUUGAGGGCCUGAUUCUGGCUCACACCUGCACAAGUCAACAGACUUCAAUGGGGCUGCAAGACUGGGCCUAAGAGCAUGAUUUCAGCACAAUCUUAAACUGGAUCCCACAUUUCCAUGGACUGGCAGGAGUCAGAGAGAGAGGAAGGGAAUCUACACUCUUGUGACAACACCCCAACUUCUCAAGGGCACAAUGCUGCUGCCAGGCUGGAGGAGUGGCAGAGGGGAUACUCCCAGUGUAGGAGGCCCUGUGUAAUGCACCAUCAGCUGCAUAAUUUUUAGUGGAGUGAGAGGAAGUUUUGACCUUCCCCAUGCCCUGGUCCAACCCUCAGGUGACAGGCCGAGGUAACAUUCACAUGUGGCAGGGUCCAUACAGCCAGCUGAGCAGGGUGACACUUUCUACUGGACACAAGGAUGACCCCUAUGGCAUGGAGUGUUUGGUGUCUGGUAAAAUCAGCUCCUUCCGUUAGAUAUUCAGAUGGAAGCUCUUUGGGCCAGGGAACUUGUUUGUAUACCGGCACUAUAUACUGAAUAAGUCAUGGGGACAGGAGAACUUGAUGGGUCCCGUUUCAGCCUCCUCUUA